CCUUCAUUCAAACAUAACCCUAAGCAAAGCAGAGAGAGAGAGAGAGAGAGAGAGAAGUCUUCGAGAGAGUUCGCAGCUGCAGAGGAUUUUUCCAACGAUUUCCACUUUUAAGGAAAAAUUUUCCUGCAGCUGCUUUAUUACUUUCUCUCAAUCAGACAACAGUUUCAAUCGACGUAGUGUAAGAGAAAAAUGGCUGGCUCUUUCUCCAGUGCUAAGACUGUCUCUGCUUUCGUUACCCUUGUCACCAGGAGGGGAUACGCAGCUGCAUCACAGGGCGGUGUUUCCAGCGCCCUCAGAACCGGGGCUCCGAACGUCAUGUUGAAGAAAGGAUCCGAGGAAUCCAGCAAGACUUCAUGGGUGCCCGACCCGGUCACCGGGUACUACCGUCCGGAGACCCAGGCCAAGGAGAUCGACGCUGCUGAGUUGCGCGAGAUGCUCGUGAACAAAACCAGACAGCACUAGAUCCGACAGACGACGCGAUGACACUGCCGGGCACGGAUCCUCUGGUCCAAGCACCACACAGAAGAUGACGCCGGUGAUUGAGGAAUUGAAAUGUUCUUCCCCUUAUAAAAAUAUAGAAAUAUGAAUAGAGUGUUGUGGCUACUCCAUCCUCCUCCGUCCUCUGUUGUCGGGAUUCGUAGUUUCUUUGAGAGCUAUAUACAUAUGUUUCUGAAAUAAAAUAUUUAAUUUCCGUUAA